GACCGUAGUAGCACGACCUGCAUAUCCGACUCCAAUGAUCAUGAUCCAUUUCAUGACUAGAGCAUCUUAGAAGUACCCUUAUCUCGUUGUAAUGCGCCAUUUGAAGCUCCAGACUCCAACAUCUCUCUCAACGUAACCCGAUCAACGAACUCAGAUCUCACAUACGGCUUCAUUGAAUCGAUCAGCUUCAGCAGAACAAAGAGAGGAGCCUAAAUGGCUUCAUGUGAGCGCGCUUCUGCCCUCUGAGCUCCGCAAUCUCUCUCUCACAUGCACGUUGUGCUAUGAUUUGAUUCAUGACAACAACGGCCAUACUGUUGGACGAAUGGCAGCUAUGGCUGUGAAAUAUGACUCCUUAUACCAUGCCACCGACAACUUGAUAUUGCCCUGUCCGAGAAAGCAGUACCGUGCGUUUAUGCUCGCAGGCCAUUGGCAGCUUCGAUCGUUUGUCCACUCGCCCAGCUUGGGAAAGGUCCAUUAUCUAGGCGUCCGAGAUAUUUAUGAAAUCGACACCUCGAAACGAACCCGGCGCAUUGUGGAUACAUUAUCAUUUAAACCAAAGUGCCUCGUGUCCUCAAACGGAUGGAUAUGCUGCGGAGGUGAGAAGGGGAGAUUUGCAGCGCUCCACCUGGAUUCGAAUGAAGGUGGUGUUGGUCCUCCCAGCGAGGCUGACGUCCGGUUACCUCUGGACCUUGAUCCGUUCAGACGGUUGCAUCUAAGCUUGCAAAAUCGCGAUUCUAGGCCCGGGACCAGCGCUGAUGCAAAUCGGAAUCGAUCUCAAAUGAGAAUUAUCGGCGAUGAGAUCCUAAACUGCAUAACAUUAUGGUUUCCCGGAUCCGAGGUCACAGAAGGUGCAUACUCAAAGCCCGUUGCUGUUGUCGCAAGUAACGAUCUUUCCGCUUAUAUCGUCGACCUGGAAAGUUUGGAAGUAAUAGACAGUGUAGAGCAGGUUGAUCCAGUUAACCUGGGCCGAAUCUCGCCCGACGGCUCCGUUCUUAUCGUGGUGGGCGAUGACCCUUACAUGCACGUGUAUAAAAGGACUCUUGAAAGCGGCUCUAGAAAGAACGAAGAGGAAUACUCAUGGACCAAAUGCCAUGCUGUGCAACUCCCAGGACAGCGCAUUAGUGAUGAAGGGGAUAUGCGAGGGAGCUUUGCUGGCGACUUUUCUGACAGGUAUCUGGCGGUUGGGACACAACAUGGAAUGAUUGCUGUCUAUGAGACUGCCCAUCUUAUUCGACCGGAAAAACCACGUCCAAUCGUGACUUUUCCAACAACGCGCCCAAACACAAAACACGGUGCAGUGAGGUCGCUUCAAUUUAGCCCUUCAAGCCCAUAUGACCUCCUCGCAGUCACUGAAGAUGGGGGGCGAGUAAUCGUGGCAGACGUCAGAAGUUUAAAUACUCGUCAGGUUAUGGAUGUAGGCGAAAGUGUUGAGGGAUUUGAACUUGUCACCCUUACAGAAAGUACUGGUGACGAUGUUAUCGACCCACGCCUUCAGGCUGAUCUUGAUGCUAGAGGUGAUGAGUCUACAGAUUUCUUCGACUCCUUCCUAGACAGUGGUCAGCGACGUGCGGCUCCCCAAUUGAUCAACCACGGCACUCAUCAGCUCACUCGCGACGAAACAGCGGUCUUGGAGGCUCUGCAAAUCGAAAGGAGGCGACGGGAAAGAGAAACAAACCCAACCGCCUCGAAUAACCCAUGGAACAGUGUCGCGGAUGAACUUCGCGCAAGAACUCGAACUGGCGAACGCAGGUCGCCCAAUACCAAUCUUCCGGGGCCCCUCAGGGACCUACUUAGCAGCAGAAAUACUGAUUCACUGCGCGCGUUGGUCCUGGAGCGGAAUCAAGACCGAGAGCAGAGAGGGUUGCCACCACGAAGACGCGGUGUUAUGACCGCCGCUCGCGCGGGACUAGAUCCUGAAUCAAGAGACCCCACCAGAGUUCCGGAUAACCAGCCCAUUGAUGGCGACGCCAUGCCCCGAAUAUCCCUCCACUUGCCAUCGUCACUGAGCAUCCAUUCAUCACCAAGCUCGGCUGAAGUAGAUGCAAUAUAUAGCAUGGCCAUGGACUCGCAAGACCCAUCUGCCCGUUUACAGCUUGGGGUCGAUGACGAAGUCCGUAGAGAAACCAUCAGGCAGGCCGAUGAACUAGCCUCGAUGCGUCGACGCCAGAAUGAACCUUGGACUAGUUCUCCCGUACAAGCAAGGUACUCGGGACAGCGUGAUCCACCGGAAGAGAAUCAAACUACCGGCUGCACGUGGAGCCGAGAUAGCCGCACAUUAUAUGUCGGUACCGAAGGGGGAAUGUACGAGUUUCCGGUGAACAUCACUAACCGCAAGAUCUUCCCCAGCAUCAAGUGGAGAUAGGCCUUAAUGCUUCCGGUUUGGCGUACGGCGAGGGACAGGCGUGACUUCUGGUUGCUUUUGGAUGACGGCUACGAAUGCAUGGACAUACGGGAAUACAUUAGCCAUUGAUGGCUUCUACUAGGCGUUACUGUGUCGGCUUUGGAGGUACCUCGUACCUACAUUUGGGGGGAGGGGGCCUGGCGCAGUUUGGACAUCUUUAUGAACCCGACGACUCAGGCAGCAAGGUCUGAUGGAGACCUAUUUUUGAGGCAAUGAACGAAUAUAUAUUAUGACC